AUGAACGAUUUUUCUUCAGGCUCCUUAUCAAACAGUGAACGAUCUAACAAAAUUGCCUUAUAUGGAAUAUUAAUUUACAAGUAUGAUGCAUCAAAACCAAUAUUUCUCUCCUCCUCUUUGGACUUAGCGUCAUUUCCAUUUUUUCAUAGAUCUUCCUUAAAAGAGCAUAUUUAUUUUCAUUCAAGAUUAGUAUGCAGCAGGACCCCUAGAGGAAAUAGAGAAAUAAUAGAACUGGAAUCUGGGAUUGGACAUUUACAUAUAUACACAAAUAAGGAAAAUAAUAUUAGUGUUCUAGUAUUAUCGACAAAGUCCUAUCCAUUAAGAAUUGCAUUUGGGUUGAUUGAUAAUGCACAGAAAUUAUUUCAAAAAAAAUGUAGAGGAAGAUAUGAAAACAUUACUCAAGAUUUAAAAGAGGGUACUUUAUUUGCAAACGAGUUAAAUGAACUCCUAACACAAUAUCAGAACCCAUCAGAGGCAGACAAAUUAUCCAGAGUUCAGAAAGAUCUAGAUGAAGUAAAAGAUGUUAUGCUAAAAAACAUUGAAGAUUUGUUACAGAGAGGAGAAAAAUUGGAUGAUCUCAUGAAGAAGAGUCAGGACUUGUCGAAUUCGUCUUAUCAGUUCUAUAGACAAGCCAAGAAGAAUAACCAAUGCUGCAAGUUAUAUUGA